AUGCUCUUUCAACCGCUUCUAGAGGGCCGGGCUGUGAACUGGGCCCCAUAUUCGGCGGGCCGUGAACAAUUCUUCAAGCCUGUCCCAGUUGCAAACCACAUCCACACCUGCAUCCCCACCCCGGACGCUCUCGACUCUUGCAAGCUCCCUUACCACAUCGUCGUCAGUAUUGACCUCGGCCUCUUCUGCGACGUUGGCCUCGUCUGCGGGUGCACCAUCGACCUCGUCGACUUCGACCACCCCGACGCCGACACAAGCUGCCACAACGCCGGUGCAACGCCCUCGCGACCGCUCCAAACGCUCUGCCUCUCUUUCCCACACCCUCUCGUCCUUCGCUUCGGGUACAGCUACAGCCCUCAGCAGGAAAAGCCGUCACGCCGAGCCAGGAACCACAGACGCACACGCAGAUCCUGCCAGUCUAUCUAUGCCGCCCCCGCCUCCUCCCUCACAAGCGUCCGCCGCCGCGAUUCCAACAAGUCUGUCGAAGCCGGGAUCGACUCCGAAUCCUUUGCGAGCGACAUAGUCCAGAAGAGCCCCAACCCAGACCUUGAUGUGACGCGGUCCGGACUUGGCAUAUCUUCCUCGACUUCGACAUUCCAGCCCGACCGGCCCCUCACGACGAGAUCGUCCUUCACCGACUCCGACAUUAAGCGCGCCUCCAUAUCAUCAGUGUAUUCUCUUGCCUCUGCCCGCGGCGUCGCCCCGAGCUCUGCUGCAUCUGCCGCCGGAUCCGAGACGGGUGCCGCCCCUAGGUCAGUCUCCGGCAUCAUGUCUUCUGGCAAGCCAGUCGCUGGCUCUGUGCCUCCAAACCCAGAACUGUCCAACGUUACCGUUAUGACAUCCUCUACAAACCAGCACCUAGCCCCCCGCGAAACCCUUGAUGUCAUGAAGCGCACACCAGCCCCAGUCCGCACCGACUCGACCAUCAGAUCGCAACCAACUAGGUCCAGGAGCCGGGCCAAGAGAAGGUUCAGCGGGAGCACAGCGGCCAGCAGCCACAGCCCAAGCAGUGAUAGGGGCCCGUAUCACAAAGAAAGAGAAGAGGCCAAGCCCGCGCCGUGGGGUGUUAUCGGCAUCUGUGCCUUGGACGUGAAGGCGAGAAGCAAGCCCAGCCGGAACAUCCUGAACCGCUUGAUCGCCAAUAGGGAAUUCGAUGUUGUUGUGUUCGGCGACAAGGUCAUCCUUGACGAAGACUUCGAAAACUGGCCCAUGUGUGACUAUCUCAUCUCGUUCUACUCCGAUGGUUUCCCCCUCGAUAAGGCCAUCUCAUACGUUAAGGCCAGGAAACCGUUCUGUGUCAAUGAUUUACCAAUGCAGAAACUCUUGUGGGACCGCCGCCUUUGUUUGCACUUACUUGACAGUAUCGGAGUUCCAACGCCCAAGCGACUCGAGGUCAAUCGGGAUGGUGGUCCCAGUAUGUUAACGCCCGACAUUGCGAAAUACAUCAAGGACGUCUCUGGCGUUGAUUUUGAUCCCGACGAGCCUCGUUGGAGAUGCGCGCCCCACAAGGUUGAGCUCCUCGACGACGAUGACAUACUUAGCGUCGACGGUGCUCUCCUCAAAAAGCCCUUUGUUGAGAAGCCAGUCAGCGGUGAAGACCAUAACAUCAUCAUCUACUUCCCCAAAUCAAGUGGUGGAGGAGCACGGAGACUGUUCCGCAAAAUCGGCAACAAGAGUUCAGAGUACGACCCGGAACUGAACGUUCCGCGCGCCAUUCUUGAACCGGAGAACAGCUACUUGUACGAAAAGUUCAUGCGAGUUGAGAACGCCGAGGAUGUCAAGGCCUACACAGUGGGACCCAACUAUUGUCAUGCCGAAACCAGGAAGUCUCCCGUUGUUGACGGCGUCGUCCGACGCAAUACUCAUGGAAAGGAGGUACGUUAUGUCACUGCGCUCAACCCUGAAGAAAGGGAAAUCGCCAGCAAAAUUUCAACAUCCUUCGGUCAACGGGUCUGUGGGUUUGACUUCCUGCGAGCCGAUGACAAGAGCUACGUUAUCGAUGUCAACGGUUGGAGUUUUGUCAAGGACAAUGAUGACUACUACGAGCAAUCUGCGAAGAUCCUCAAAGAUUUGUUUGUCAAGGAGAGAUUACGAAGAGGCGGUGUGACGCCUCCCAUGCCUUCACCCGCUGUCUCGGAUGUGAUCGACCCACUGGCUCUGCGAGGCAAAGAGAAGGAGAAUGGCCAAGCGUCCGUUGCUGCGCUGCCCAUUACGAAGUCAACUGGGCAGCUGCCCGCCAGUCAGUCGGCGGAAAAGGGGUUGCUGGAGCCCAAGACUGACGAACUCCGCCCCCCCCCGUCAACGUUGACCACCAAGUCAGAGACUGCGGCAACCUCGGGCGCCAUGAGCCUUGGCUCGAGUCCCUCGUCCCUGCCGCCACCGCCACCCCUUGUUGAGACGGGCCCUGGCAGUGUGCCGUCGGCGACACCAUCAGCACUAGCUUCCGCUGCUGCCUCCUUGAAGGGUGAUACUGCACCCGAGCCAGAAGAGGCACCGGCUCCUCCUCCACCACCACCACCGAAACAUUCUUGGAAGCUCAAGGGCAUCGUUUCUGUUAUCCGACAUGCAGACCGCACCCCCAAGCAGAAGUACAAGUUCACGUUCCACACGGCACCUUUCAUUGAAUUGCUCAAGGGCCAUCAGGAAGAGGUUCUCCUGAUAGGAGAAGCAGCCUUGGCUAGCGUCAUCCACGCAGUGGAUGUUGCAGUGACCCAAGGCAUUGAGGACCCGAACAAGCUCAAGUCGCUGCGAAAUGCGUUGGUCAAGAAGGGCGGCUGGGCAGGAACCAAGGUUCAGAUCAAGCCCAUGUUCCGCAAGAAGGCCACCGAUGAAGUUGUGCCUCCGGAAGAGGUUGCCCAGAUUCUCAAGGAGGGUGUGGAAGCCAAGUUCCCUGAGAAGGCGGAUGAAAGUCAAUCCAAGACCGAUCCAGCAACGAGAACAACGCCCAAACGCCACGACUCACUCUCAGGGGUCACCAUGUCCCGCAUUACGGCCGCAGAGGAAAGUCUGGUCCUGGACAAGCUCCAGCUUAUUGUCAAGUGGGGCGGCGAGCCCACGCACUCCGCCAGGUAUCAGGCACAGGAACUGGGCGAAAAUAUGCGCAAUGAUUUCAUGCUGCUAAACCGCGACGUACUGGACGAGGUCCAUGUGUACAGCAGCUCAGAGCGACGGGUGACGACCAGCGCGCAGAUCUGGACUUCUUCGUUCCUGGGACGAAAGGAUCUCCCUGAUGACUUCAUUACGAUUCGCAAAGACCUUUUGGAUGACUCGAACGCAGCCAAGGACGAAAUGGACAAGGUCAAGAAGAAGCUCAAGGGUCUACUACGUAAGGGAAACGAGCGGCCAUCGCAAUUUGCCUGGCCGGACAAGAUGCCUGAGCCCUCCGAGGUUCAGACGCGGGUCGUUCAGCUGAUGAACUUCCAUCGGCGCGUGAUGCAGCACAAUUUUGGCAAACUGUAUAGUGGGGCCGUCAACUCUCUCAAUGCCAUAUCCAACCCUAGCAUAGACAAGAGCCAGCCAGGUGAGUCGUCGGCUGGCUCCAUGUCGUCCGCCCUGUCCCAGGCCAAUGGGAUUAACAACAUACAAGCCCGCUGGUGUUGCGGUGAAGAUGCAGAGCUCUUCAGAGAACGCUGGGAGAAGCUCUUCCAAGAGUUUUGUGAUGGGGAGAAGGUUGAUCCUAGCAAAAUCUCAGAGCUCUACGAUACCAUGAAGUUUGACGCCUUGCACAACCGUCAGUUUCUCGAGUGGGUUUUCACGCCACCAAAGCAAAUGCUCGAGGAGGAGUACGGUAUCAAGGACAACAAAGACAGCAAAGAGAGCAGCUUCAAAGAAGGCAGUAUCAAGGAGGGCAAGGAAGGCAGAUCUGCUGGCAAGGAAUCGGAAGAAGCCAAAGUAUCGCAAGACUCGCGAGAGGAUAGACGGGAUAUACUGGACAAAUCUGACAAGACCGCCGAAGGCAACAAGAGCUCGAGUUCAGUUCGUCGCAUCUUCCGUCGACGAUCCUUCCUCAAUGGCCUACGUCAUGUCGGCGAGGGCGCCCCGCCGGAACAGUACUUCCACCUAUACAAAGGCAACACACAAUCCAAAGCCAAGACGGACGCCAGGUUUGAGCCGCUGCGGGAGUUGUACCAGUUGGCCAAGAUGCUGUUUGACUUCAUCUGCCCGCAGGAGUACGGCAUCUCCGAUACAGAGAAGCUCGAGAUUGGUCUUUUGACGUCGCUACCCCUCUUGAAGGAGAUUGUUCAGGACCUCGAGGAGAUGCAAGCCUCCAAUGAUGCCAAGUCUUUCUUCUACUUCACCAAGGAGUCUCACAUUUACACGUUACUCAACACCAUUCUGGAGGGUGGCCUUGAGACGAAGAUCAAGCGGAGCACCAUCCCUGAACUGGACUAUCUCUCGCAGAUUUGCUUCGAGCUCUACGAAUCAGAGACAAAGUUGCCAGCUGAUGUGGCCACCCGCGGCGAUGAGGCUACCUUUGCGUACAGCAUCAGGAUCACGAUCAGCCCUGGCUGCCACGUAUACGAUCCUCUCGAUGUUCAGCUCGACAGCAAGCACUCCAUCAGCUGCGCCCCUCGACGAAGCUUGACCUUGCAUGCCGAUUGGAUGGAGGUGAUCCGCACCUUGCGUGCCAAGUUCAACCAGGUGAAAUUGCCCAAGACUUUCCUGGCUAUCAACCUGUCUGAUCUCUUCUCAUAUGAUGAGCAAGAGAAGAAAGACGUCGAUUCGGACGGGCUGGAAAUGAAGAGCCUCGCACGCCAAUCUGCUCCCAAGACCGUCCCGGGAGAGGCCGGCGAUGUGUCUGGCCUAAGCGAUAUCACCGCGGGUGAUGUGCUCGAGAGCAGCACGGAGCUAGCGAUGACACCGAACGCAGGACAUGGCCAGCCGUCCGAGCCAUCGCUAUAA